AUGUCGCAACAAGAUUCGCAAGAAGAAGCUCACUAUGUCUACCCCGACCCAUCGACGUUAGACGAAGGGAACCCGCUUGGCCAACACCCCUACUAUCGUACACUUCAAGUACAGGAAGAAGACGACGAAGAAGCGUAUGAAGGAGAAUAUCGAUAUGACGACCUGGAAGAGUAUCAAUACGACAACGAAGCUGAACAGUUCCAAGAUCAUACAGGUAUUCAAAACUCUGAAGGCUACAGCACCUCUCAGCAAGAUCAGCUUACUACUACCACCAGUAGUCAUACCAAUCGCUCAAAGCCCGGAACAGCAUGCCCGUGUCCGGUAGAACACACUUCCUUUCUCUCGAGGGUGGAAGGCAAGAAAACAUGGAUACCCUCUCAAGGUCCGCAAUGUCCGAGAACCAUACAUCCGGAAAGCCCAUACAGCUUGUGUUAUACAUGUCGAGAGAGAAGUUCGCAUACGCAGGCCCAUGUGGAAAAGCUGACAGAGGCUGGAGAGGAUACGGAUGAUAGACUUUGUCAAAUCUUCAAAGCAUAUAACGAGAGUGACAAGACGGUCAGAUGGCUAAAGUACCUCAACAAUGAGAGCCGAGAGAACGAUGGAGAGAACUGA